AUGUCGACAACGGAAAACUUUCUCCUGGUGCAGAAAGCCACCAUCGCCAUGCUUGGCUUUGAUCUCUUCAGCGGCUCUGGCGAGAUGUGGAAGUAUCGCCACAGGGGCAUCAAUGUCUACUCCAUUGCGGCCAUCUUUCCGUUCAUCGUGGCGGCGGUGAUCCACAACUGGAAGAACGUGAUGCUGCUGGCGGAUGCGAUGGUGGCGCUGCUCAUCACCAUCUUGGGCCUCUUCAAAUUCAGCAUGAUCAUCUAUCUGCGAAAGGACUUUUGUCGGAUAAUUGACAAGUUUCGCCACCUGAUGACCCAUGAGGGGGCCCAGGGCGAUGAGUACGCCCAGAUAAUAAUCGCGGCCAAUAAGCAGGAUCAGCGAGUGUGCGGAAUAUUCCGGACUUGCUUCCUGCUCGCCUGGGCCCUGAACAGUGUCCUGCCGUUUGUGCGAAUGGGUCUGAGCUACUGGCUGACGGGGCAUGCCGAGCCAGAGCUACCCUUUCCCUGUCUCUUUCCCUGGGACAUUCACAACAACCGCAACUACGCGUUGACCUUCUUGUGGUGUGCGUUUGCCUCCACGGGUGUGGUGCUGCCAGCCGUCAGCCUGGACACAAUCUUCUGCUCCUUCACGAGCAACCUGUGCGCCUUCUUCAAGAUCGCCCAGUACAAGGUGCUGCGCUUCAAGAGCGGAACACCAGAGGAGUCGCAGGCGAAGCUCAACAAGACAUUCGCCCUGUACCAGACCAGCCUGGACAUGUGCGCGGAGCUGAACCGCUGCUACGAGCCGAUCAUCUGCGCCCAGUUCUUCAUCUCCUCGCUGCAGCUGUGCAUGCUCGGCUACCUCUUCUCGAUCACUUUCAGCCAGACGGAGGGCGUCUACUACGCCUCCUUCAUCGCCACCAUCGUCAUCCAGGCGUACAUCUACUGCUACUGCGGCGAGAACCUGAAGACGGAGAGCGCCCUCUUCGAGUGGGCCAUCUACGAUAGUCCCUGGCACGAGAGCCUGGGCUCUGGGGCCGCCUCCUCCUCCAUCUGCCGCUCCCUGCUGAUCAGCAUGAUGCGUGCACAUCGCGGAUUCCGCAUCACAGGCUACUUCUUCGAGGCCAACAUGGAGGCGUUCUCAUCGAUUGUCCGCACCGCCAUGUCAUAUAUUACCAUGCUGCGCUCCUUCUCGUAGAGAGGAUCAGCGAACACUGGACGCAGUUAUUGGCGCAAUAUUCGUUUUAUUGCUGAGCUUGCGAUUAAGAAUCGAGUUUACAUAUCUUACAAAAAACAUUACGUAUCGUAUCUCACACAGUUCGUAUAGCACUAAGUAUUAGAGUAGAUUGGAAUUGAGGAAUGGAAGACUGUAGAAAUGAAGCACGAAUGAAGCACGAAGGGGAGGAUGUGGUUGUGUCUCAGCUGGAAUGGAAUGAGGAGGGUGGGGAAAUGGAUGCAUGUACCUCUGAUGAGCAGCUGCUCUCUCUCUCUCUCUCUCUCUGUGCCCAUUAUAAUCUCUUUUAUCUCUGAUUCAGAACUUGAAGAUUGGGACCGAUGGAUGGGUGGAGUUGAUUAUUUGAAGAAUCUGCCAGGCGCAGCGGCGGCACGGACGGGAGGUGGUGUUGGUAUGUGGGCGCCCUCGGCGCGGUAUCCGUUCUCAUCAGCAAUGUAGGUGAUGGUGUAGACGACGCCAUCGGGUCCGGUGUAUGAGUACGAGCCCUGCAUCACCU